AUGGCUCACCUCGAUACUCCGGUCGGACCUUCUAGCUCAAGAGUUUUAGAUAAGGCUCUAUGGAAGCUGGUUUGGGGCUCUCAGAUGGUCCCAAAGUUAAUGAAUUUUUGGUGGCGCAUGGUUAGGGGCUGCCUGCCAACAAGGGACGCUUUGUUCAGGAGACACCUUGGCACCUCCCCGUUAUGCCCUAUUUGUGGGGAGUUUCCGGAGUCUGUUGAGCACCUUUUCCUCCUCUGUAAUUGGGUCCAGCUUGUAUGGUUUGGAGGUCCUUUGAACUACAAGAUAAACAGGCAGAGUAUUACUUCUAUGAGUGAAUGGAUGAUGCAAGUUUUGAAGAUUUCGCAGAGUUUGGGAUAUGAUAGGAAGUGGCUAAUUUCCCAAAUUGUUUACACUUGCUGGAGUAUUUGGAAGAGCCGUUGCUCUGCAGUUUUUGAUGAUAUUAGUGUGUGCCCUCACCGUACCUUGCUGGUGGCCAAAAAUUUGAUCAAUGAUUUCAAUCUUGUGCGGUGUCCUCCUGGGGAUGCGAUUUUGGAGGAGGAUACUGAUGAUGGCCAAAGGGUGGUUAGAUGGUUCCCCCCUCCCAUUUCUGUUUACAAAAUAAAUAUUGAUGCAGCUUGGGUUAGUAGUACUCUGCAAGCUGGUCUGGGAGUUGUAGUGAGAAAUUAUGCCAGCAACUUUAUGGGUGGUUGCUGCGUUUCUAGACUUGCUUCUUCCGCAAUCGAGGCUGAAGCCCAUGCAGCUUUAAAGGGGGUCAAGCUGGCUGCUGAAAUGGGGUUUCCAAACGUGGUCUUUGAAUCUGACUCAAAGGAACUUGUUUAA